AAGAAUUUAAUGAAUUUGAAGAAGAGAUUGAUGAGCUUGGAGAAUCUGAUGAAUCUGAAGACAUUGACAACGUUGAUGAAUUUGAUGAAAAAUUAAAAACAAUCAGAGAAUUUAGAGAGGCUGAUAUGAUGAUUCCUGAAUUAUCAAUAGCUCUGCAUGAACACAAUGAUGUCAUAUAUACAAGUAAAUUUAUUAAUACGAGAGAAAUUUCACAACGAGUUAGUUCAGAGAAUGGCUUACUUAACAUAGCAGGUAUUCAUACUAUUUUAUGUUAG